CACAGCUUCACACACAGCUGUUCGCCUGCAAAGUUCUUAAUUGCAUUUUUGUUUCGCUUAUUUUUCUCUUUUGUUGUUUUUUAGUUUGCAAGUAUAAUGAUUUUUUUGCAUUACUUGACCCUUUUGUGCCUGGCUUUCGCCUCCAUCGAGUCAAAGUCCAUCAAGAAGUCGCAUGUUAACCUGCUGGAGCCAACAUUUGAUGAGGAUGAGAAGCUCCGGAAAGUGGGGAUGUCCCCGCCCGUAAUCUCCAGCAAUGUGCAACGUGUGCUUGUCCCCUCCAUUGAUUCCCCCGAAAACUGGCAGGGCAGGUGGUUUCCCCAUGCCCCAGGAGAUCCGCAGAAACCAAAGGACAAUAACUCCACAAUGGAAGUUUCUCAAGAUGAUAAUUGGCAAGGCAAAUGGUUUCCCCAGGCGCCAGGAAAACCCCACGUAACGAAGAAGGUGCUGGAGAACUCUGUCGAGAAUUACACCACAGAGAAUGUUCAGACCGUGGAGUCCACGACCGAGGACCAUUGGCAGGGAAAGUGGUUUCCCCAAAGCCCCAAUGAGCCACACAAAACACAACCGAAGAUUUGCGAUGAUGGCAAAAAUAACCUGGCUGUGGACUACGAUCCGAAUGACAUACGUGAUAGCUUAAACUAUUUGUGCAUCAGCAGCAAUCGCAGCUUGUACCAGCCAGACCUGACUAGAGAAGCGAUUCUCACGGAGCACUUUCUGCCCAGUGCCUACUUGCCUCCUUCCAAGUGCCUUAACGAGCCGAUUAGCUACUCCCACCUGCCGGCGACCAACGGCCCCUAUCGACCUUUACCGGCCGAGUACGGAACUUAUUCCUACCUGCCACCGCAGCGAUACGUCCGCAACCUGGCAGAAGGUGCCAUUGUGAUGCUCCACCACCCCUGCGCCUUUCCCGGCCAAGUGCAGCAGCUGCAGGACAUCGUGACCGGCUGCCUGUACCGUCACCUGGUCUCCACCUCACAGGCUCUCAGUCCAGAGCGUCCCUUGGCCCUGCUGGCCUGGAGCCGCAGCCUAGAGAUGUCUGUCGUGGACCGACGCCUGGUGGCGGACUUCAUCCGAAAACACGCCAGGCAGGGGCCGCUGGCUCCAGAGGAGUUGUCGCGGGUGGUCGACAAGCGGGCGACUUACAAGGAGGGGUUGCUCUCGGAAGCUCAUCUGGUGACCACGGCGGAUGACUACGAACUGUGCGGAUACCUGCAGGAGGAAAUGUAGGCGCAACAUGUUAACUACCUGUUUAAAUAUAAUUCGAAUACCUUA